UUGCCGCUGUUUGACGGGCCAAGGAUGCAGUCCGGAUGCUCAACACCCUGCAGACCAAUGCCAGCGACCUGGAACAGGUGAAGCGGGAGCGUGGCGACCCCCAGGCCCAGCUGGAAGCCAUGCAGGGCUUUUUGGAGAGGAGUGGGCUGAAGGUCGAGGACCUGGAUCGACUGAACAUCAUACACGUCACGGGGACGAAGGGCAAGGGCUCAGCCUGCGCCUUCACCGAGUGCAUCCUCCGCAACUACGGGCUGAAGACAGGCUUUUACAGCUCCCCUCACCUGGUGCAGGUGCGCGAGCGGAUCCGCAUCAAUGGGCAGCCCAUCAGCAAGGACCUCUUCAACAAGUACUUCUGGCUGGUCUACAACCGCCUGGAGCAGACCAAGGACCCAGUGCACGCCAGCAUGCCGGCGUAUUUCCGCUUCCUCACCGUCAUGGCCUUCCAUGUCUUCCUGCAGGAGAAGGUGGAUCUGGCAGUGGUGGAGGUUGGCAUUGGUGGCGCCUAUGACUGCACUAACAUCAUCAGGGCACCAGUGGUGUGUGGGGUCUCCGCCCUGGGCAUCGACCACACCAGCAUCCUGGGAGACACCAUGGAGAAGAUUGCCUGGCAGAAGGGGGGCAUUUUUAAGCCUGGUGUGCCGGCGUUCACUGUGGCGCAGCCGGAGCGGCCGCUGGCGGUGCUGAGGGAGCGAGCCCAGGAGCGGAAGUGUCCCCUCUACCUGUGCCCAGAGCUGGACGAGUUCGAGGAGGGCUGCCGGGCCCUGCACUUGGUGGGGGGGGCCCUGCGGCUGCUUGACCCCGCCCUCUCCCAGUAA